AUGUCUUAUAUACUUAAAUUUUUAACUAAACACUACCUAUACAACGUUUAUGAUUUAAUAAACGACUAUAAGAAUAAAUCUAUUUACAAACUUUUUAUUUAUAAAGUUGUAAAAAAAAAAAAAUCAUAUGUUGUUGAUGUAGAUAGUAUGGUGCAUAUGCUUCAAAAUAUAGCACAUAAUACUAUUUAUAUGGUUCAUGAUAUAGUUUUCAAAUUUAUAAUAGAUAUAAAUAAUAAAACUAACACAAAAACAACUAAUAAAAUAUUAAAUAAAUUAACUAUUAACUUUAUUAAACUUUUUGGCGACAAAUACAUUGAAAAAAUAAAAUUCGUUAAAAUAUUAGGAAAAAUAUUAAUUGUUUUUUAUAAGUAUAUUGAUUUUUUAAAUUUAAUUAAAACCAGCCCCACAGAGUUUAAUAAUUUUAUAACUAAUUACAAAAAUGAAAAUAUUGUAAUAUUUAUAAAAGAAAUAGAUUAUAACUAUAAAAAAUCUUUAGAUUUUUUAAUUAAAAAAAAUAAUUUACCAUACACUAGCAACUUAAACACAUCUAUAAUUUUAGAAAAAAAACAAUAUUUAACCUCAUAUAAUAAUAUAGAAAUACAAAAAUUUUCAAAUUUAUACCCUACAUUAACAAAUAAUACCAAAAAUUACGAACAAUACAUAAAUAAUUUACUAGCGUAUAUUAAAAAUUUAUGUCUAAUUAAUAAAAAACAAGAUUUAAAUUAUAUUAAUAUGUAUCUGUACAAUUAUUUAAAAAACAAUAUAAACCUUAUAGAACCAGUUGUAAAGAGCAUAAACAAGUCGUUUUACAUACCUAGUAAAACAAAACCUUUAAGCAGUUUUCUGUUUUGUGGUCCUAGUGGGGCAGGUAAAACAGAAUUGGCAAAAAUUUUUACUUAUAGUUUAUUUAAAUCUACUAAACAACUUAUAAAGCUUAAUAUGAGUGAAUAUAUGGAAGCUCAUUCUAUAUCUAAAAUAUUAGGUUCUCCUCCAGGGUAUGUUGGUUAUAACGAAAAUAAUGAUUUUAUAAAUAAAGUUAAAUCUAUGCCUAAUUGUGUGAUUUUAUUUGAUGAAAUAGAAAAAGCACAUAAAUCUAUAAACGAUUUAAUGCUUCAGCUAUUAGAAGAAGGAAAAUUGACGGCAGCUAACGGAGACGUUUUAACUUUUAAUAAUUCUUUCAUCAUAUUUACAAGUAAUUUAGGGUGCGAUAAUAGUUUAACUUUUGAUAAUAAAAAUUUUUAUAAAAAUAAAAUUUUAAAGUCAAUAAAAGAUUUCUUUAGACCUGAAUUUUUAGGUAGAGUGAACAACAUGUUAAUAUUCGACCCUGUUAGUUUACCUAUGUGCCUUAGUAUAUUAGAUAACAUAAUAUAUAAAAUAAAUUUAAAUAAUUCUUUUUAUUUUUAUGAUAUAGAUGAAAAUUUAAAAAAUUCUUUUAUUAAGUAUUCUUAUAACAUACUUUAUGGUUUAAGACCUUUAUACAGGAUAAAUGAAUUAUUAUCAAAUAAGACAAAAGAGUAUUUAAACAGAUUCAAAAUUGUUUCAUGCUUUAAUAAUAAAUCUAUUUUAUUGGAAAAUUUAGAUAAUAUAAGUUUUAAAUAUUGCUGUAAUUUUUAUAGCUCAUUAUAA